UGUUGUUUGUUUUUCCUUGAAUUCUACCAAAGGCUCAAAUCCUCACCAUGGAAAACAGUGUUGAUGUCAAGAUAGAAACCAAGGGAGAAAGAAAGCCAAGAAAGCAAAGUCAGAUAAGUAAAGGUGGAAAGAGAGUCUGCAGAGCUGUUGGGUACAUCACAGGAGACAUGAAGGAAUUUGGUGCCUGGCUGAAAGAUAAGCCCAUCAUGAUCCAGUUUGUUGACUGGGUGCUGCGUGGGAUAUCCCAGGUGAUGUUUGUCAAUAAUCCCCUCAGUGGUUUGAUCGUAGUCGCUGGUUUCCUGGUGCAGAACCCAUGGUGGACACUCACAGGCUGCUUAGGAACAGUUGUCUCAACCUUAACAGCACUUAUUCUGGGUCAGGACAGAUCAGCCAUAGCAGUAGGCUUGUAUGGCUAUAAUGGGGUCUUGGUGGGAUUGCUCAUAGCAGUCUUCUCUGCUAAGGGAGACUACCAUUGGUGGCUUCUACUGCCGGUAGCACUGGUGUCAGUGACAUGCCCUGUUUUCACCAGCGCUUUAGGUUCAGUCUUCUCUAAGUGGGAUCUGCCUGUUUUCACCUUGCCUUUCAACUUGGCCUUGACCCUCUAUCUGGCUGCAUCAGGACCCCAUAACCUCUUCUUCCCUACAACCGUCAUUCAGCCUGCAACAACAACACCAAACAUCACCUGGACAGACGCUGACAUGUCAAUGCUGCUGCAAUCCAUUCCAAUUGGGGUAGGCCAGGUUUAUGGCUGUGAUAAUCCCUGGACUGGGGGAAUUUUCCUGCUUGCUUUAUUUAUCUCAUCUCCACUCAUCUGUCUGCAUGCAGCAAUCGGAUCAGCAGUGGGGAUGUUGGCAGGUGAACCCAGCACACACGUAGACUUCUCCAUACCUGCCCCUGUGCGUUCUCCUCUAUAUCUAAAUGGACAAAAGUCUAUAGGGAUAAGGGGGCUUCUCAAAUGCCAUAGUUUAGCAGUGGGGGGAAGUAAGCAAAGGGAAUAUGCAAAAGAGGUUCCAAAACACACCUAUCUCUCCACCUUCCCCUCCCAGCUUGGACUACCACUCUGUACCUGGCCUUUUUGCUUCUCGGCGCUUCUUUUUUUGCUGUUAACCUCAGACAACCCAGCCAUCUACAAAAUCCCCCUCUGCAAAGUCACCUAUCCGGAAGCCAACAGGAUCUACUAUCUGAGAAUGAAGAGAAGAGCAUCAGAGAGCAGAAGAGAAGAGCAGAAGCGAAAGGAGCAGAAACCUUCUGGCGACUCAAAAAUAAGCACAGGAGGCACUCCCUUGUGCACCCCCAAAAACACCAUUGCAUCAGGGCUGCACGGCUAUAAUGGGAUCCUGGUGGGACUGCUCAUGGCUGUCUACUCAGAUAAGGGAGAUUACUACUGGUGGCUUCUUACACCUGUGACAGUUAUAUCCAUGGCCUGCUAUACUUGUUUCUCUUUUCCUUUCAUCCUUAGUCCAGUCCUGUCCAGUGCUUUGGGAUCUAUUUUCAGUAAAUGGGACCUUCCUGUGUUCACUCUGCCCUUCAAUAUUGCGGUGACUUUGUACUUGGCAGCCACAGGACACUACAACCCUUUUUUUCCUACGACCCUCAUCAAGCCUGUAGCAUCGGUGCCCAAUAUCACCUGGUCUGCAAUCAACGUGCCUCUGCUCUUGCAGUCCAUCCCAGUUGGUGUUGGUCAAGUGUACGGCUGUGAAAACCCCUGGACUGGAGGCAUCUUCCUUGUUGCUUUACUCAUCUCUUCCCCACUUAUUUGCUUACAUGCUGCAAUUGGAUCUACAGUUGGGAUGUUUGCAGCACUGAGUAUUGCAACACCAUUUGACAGCAUCUACCUUGGCUUACACAAUUACAAUUGUGCUCUCGCAUGCAUUGCAAUUGGAGGCAUGUUCUAUGCCCUGACCUGGCAGACUCAUUUGCUGGCCCUUGCUUGUGAUAAACCCCUCAUCGUUCAGCUGGUGGACUGGAUCUUGCGAGGCACCUCUCAAGUAAUGUUUGUCAACAACCCUCUCAGCGGGCUCAUCAUUUUAGUGGGGCUUUUCAUCCAGAAACCCUGGUGGAUGCUGACAGGCUGCGUUGGAACUGCCACAUCAACGCUAACUGCUCUGGCUCUCAGUCAGGAGAGUUUGUGGAAAAGUUCUGAGCGCUGGAGGAAAGCCAAUGAAACUCCAGCCUUCAAAAAGGGCAAGAAGGAGAACCUGAGAGAAUACAGGCCUGCCAGCCUUGACUAUGCCCCUGGGAAGAUGAUGGAACAACUCAUUCUGGAUGACAUCUCCAGUUACAAAACAGUUAUCUGGUGUAGUCAAUAUGGAUUCACCGAGGGGAAAUCAUACUUGACCAACCUGGUAGCCUUCUAUGAUGAAAUGACUGUCUGGGAAGAUGAGAAGGGCAGUGUAUUUUGUGUACUUUGA